AUGCCCAGACAGAUUUCUGUCCAAGCCCUCCUUCAGCAGGAACAGAGGGAACAAGAAGAUGGUCUCCUGGAAUCAAAGCAAGAGGAUCAAGGAGAGGAAACAAGAAAACUCUCAGUUGGGUUUGCAGACUGCGGGUCAGGGAGCAUCCAGCAGGAGCUUAACCUAAACAGAGAGGGCUCGAGUGACUCAGGGCUUGGGAACACUACACAAAGCUUCUCAGGGUGCCACUGGCUGCCGCCCAGUGUCCUGAUGACCUGGCCUCUGAAGCAUCUACCCCAUUCCUUCCCAAGUACUAGGAGCCUAGCGAGGGCUCCGGGACCUGACCUGGAGACCAGCCGCAGGGCAGUUGAAGAUCAACUAAAGAUAUGUGGCCAUAAGAGGGAUGCUGAUGUCUUCGAGCUGUUCCUUUCUCAAAAGGAACUGACAGAUGUCAUUGAUCUUUCUAGGUUUAAAAAAUUAAAAUACUUAUGGCUACAUCAUAACAAGCUCCAUGGAAUAACAUUUCUAACCAGAAACUAUUGUCUGAAAGAACUGUAUCUACACAACAAUGCAAUAUUUGAAAUAGAAGGCCUGCACCGCCUGCCAUCAUUGCAUAUACUCCUGCUACACCACAAUGAGUUAACAAACAUAGAUGCAACAGUGAAGGAAUUAAAGGGAAUGCUAAAUCUGAAGACUCUAAGUCUCUAUCAAAACCCUUUUUGCCAAUAUAACCUGUACCGUUUAUAUAUAAUCUACCACCUUCCAGGAGUAGAGGUGCUUGACCGAAAUCAAGUUACAGAAAAAGAAAGAAGAUCAAUGAUUACCAUUUUUAACCACAAAAAGGCUCAUAUUGGUCAAUCAAUAUCAUUUGGAAGAAAAGUAGAUGCCUCAUGGGAUCCUAGAUCACCAUUUAAGCAAAAACGAGCCCAGAGAGUACCUCCAGAUUUUGCAUUUACGAAUAAUGUAGACAAAAUGGUGUUUGAUGACCCAGAAGAUGCUGUUUUUCUAAGGUCCAUGAAGAGAUCAGUGAUGGCUAUUACCUCUCUGAACUGGCAUACAGUGACAACACGAGAGGAAAAAUACCUUGAAGAGAAAGGGACACAACCUGUUCAAAUGCUCACGGUUAUACUGAGAUAA